AUGCCCUCAGUCGAUCCAUCUAGAUUAGUCGAGGUGUUACCCGAACGAGUGGGCUCUGUCUCGGCUCCCGACUUCCCUCACCAUACGCCCGGCAAAGCAUUCCCCUCGGGAUGGGACUCGACGGCAUUCCGACGGGAUUUGAAAACCGAAAUCACUCGACUUUCCUCCGAGCGCCUAGAGUUCGAUCUGAUCGGCGUGGAUGCUAGCAUUGCAAACGCGAUCAGAAGAACGCUGAUGGCCGAAGUACCGACCGUGGCUAUCGAAGACGUGUUUGUCUGGAACAAUACCAGCAUCAUUCAAGACGAGGUGCUGGCCCACCGUUUUGGGCUCAUCCCGCUCAAGAUUGAUCCCAGGCGAAUGGAGUUCGUUGGUGAGUGGGCUGCCGCGAGCGUGUCUUGUCAAGCUCGGCUUUGCCCGAUGCGAAUCUCCCUUUUGCUCUUCUUUUCGAACGGCCCGUAGAUGAGAACAAUGGCGAGGCCAACGAUGCAAAUACGAUGGUAUUCAAGAUCAAGGCAAAGUGCGAGCGCUUGCAAAAGACUGGACCGGAGCAUGUAGCCAUCAAGAACAGCAUCAGUGAGUGACAAAGCGCACCUGUCAGACAAUGCGAUUACCACUCUCACCGACACUGCACUCAUCGCCUCGCUGCGGCUUCACUCAGUCACAACCUCACAAAUGGUGUGGGAGCCCAAAGGCGAUCAACAGACGGACUGGGCUUCCGAACCUCCCCGGCCUGUGCAUCAAGACAUCAUCUUGCUCAAAAUGCGGCCCGGUCAAGAGGUGAAUUGCGAAUUGCACUGCAAAAAGGGCCGAGGAAAAGUCCACGCAAAGUGGUCGCCUGUAGCCACGGCUUCGUAUCGACUGCUGCCUCACAUCGAGAUUGUGCAGCCUAUUCCCUUGCAACAUGCAAAGAAAUUCGUUGAGUGCUUCCCGCUCGGUGUGAUCGGUGUACGGAAAAGCAAGAGCACGGCAGAGGAGGAGGUGUAUGUCAAAGAUCCGAGGAGGGACACUGUAAGCAGAGAAGUGCUUCGACACGCCGAAUUCUCGGACAAGGUCAAGCUGGGUAGAGUCAGAGAUCACUUCCUCUGUGAGUCAUUAGCGCAUGCGAGCUGUCCCUGUGCCAGAUUCACCAAAGGCUUGGAUUUACAUUUCAUAGUCGUGAGAUUGAAGGCUGAUCAGUGUGACUCUUGCUUCAUUGCUCUAUGCAGUUGAUAUCGAGUCCACUGGCAUUUACCCUCCCGAAGAUCUCCUACCGGCCGCUCUGCUCGAGCUUAAGGAGAAAGUCAGGACAGUGCGAGAAGGUGUGGAAGCUUUGCAAUCUUACCACAUGGGCGCAUGA